AUGCAUAUUUUGCAGUAUUUGUUACUAUCUGCGGUGGUUUGUGGUCAUAUUGAACAGUACAAUUAUCGCGUAAAACGUUUGACAGUGGACAAUCUUGAUUCACGUUCAUCGGAUGUUCGUACAACUAAAGUUUUAAUUAUUGGCUCUGGAAUUGCAGGCUUGGAGGCUGCUCGUUUAUUACAACAAAAUGGAGUUGAAACUAUAGUUUUAGAAGCACGAAAUCGAACUGGUGGUCGAGUUUGGUCAAUACGCUCAAAGAACAAUCUUAUGCUUGAUAUGGGUGCACGUUAUAUUCAUGGUCAAUAUGGUUCGAUUCCAUCUGGUUUAUUAACGAAUCCAGUUUGGGAUCUUACUCGCUCUGCUAACAUUUCUAUAUGCUUUGGAGAACCACAUGAUUUCUUGGGAACUUAUCCAUUGUACUAUAGUAAUAUACUUGUUCAAAAAUGGUACGAUGAAUAUAUGCUUUUUGUACGUGAAGAAACUAGAAUGUCAUCAUCAAAUAUUUCCUUUGCAGAUUACGUAAAUUUAUUUGCACAAAAAAAACAUUUCAAUGAAAAGCAACGAUCUACACUUUAUAAUUUUGCCUAUUUUACGAUUGCAGACAGAGAAGGAACAGAAUUAGAAAGUAUUAGUGCUAAAGGUUAUCUUGAUCGUUCUUCAGUUUUUUAUGGUGAAGAGCCUGUCAUUUGUGAUACAGAUUUUAUGGCAAUUACUGAUUAUUUAGCUAAAAAUCUUACAAAUAUUCAAUUUGGAGAAAUUGUUACAAAAAUAGAUUAUAAUAAAAAUUUAGUUAAAGUAUCAACUAAAAAUGGACAAAUUUAUCAAGCAGAAUUUGUGCUAAUAACAGUUCCAUUGGGAGUACUAAAAUCAAAACAAAUCGAAUUUAAUCCACAACUUCCUCAAUGGAAAUUAGAUGCUAUUGAUCGAAUAGGUUUUGGUUAUUAUGAAAAAAUUUAUCUAUUAUGGGAUCAAGUCUGGUGGAAUACUACUGAUUAUUAUUUCUUUCAAUCUGCAUCAAAAUCAAUUAACUUAAGAUAUUGGAUAACUGCAAAUAAAUGGAAUGGUAAACCAUUCAUUACAUGUUUUUUUGCUGGGAAAGCAGUUUCUUCAUUGACAUGGAAACAGAAUAAAAACGAAACAGUAAAAGAUAUUCUGGAUACUUUACAAAAAAUGUUUCCCAAUAUAAAGAUUACUCCACCUACUGAAAUCUACAUGAGUAAUUGGAAUGAAGAUCCAUUCUCCUAUGGUUCAUAUUCAUAUAUAUCAGUCAAUCAAAAGUAUGAAGAUCCUUUUCGUUUGUCUGAACCGAUUAACAAUCGUUUAUUAUUUGCUGGUGAAGCGACAAAUACAGAUACCUAUGGUUAUACUCAUGGUGCUCUGCUUAGUGCACGACGAGAAGAACUUAUAAUGCAUAUUAUCUUUCAUAUAUUUUUAAUCAUUAUGAUUUUUAUAAAUGUUAUUGGUUGUCAAGAUGCGAGCAGUUCAAGAAAUAGUAGUUGUACUCGAAUAGGACGAAAUCAUUUUUAUCAUGAAAGAAGUAUAGGUUUGAUGGGUAAUGGUUAUCAACUUCCAAAUACAAUGAUAGAACAUUUGAUGACAAUUGGUUUAUUUAUUGUAUUUUACAUGGCACUUUAUCAACUUUGGUCCAAUAGUAUUUCAAUGCCAUCAAAUGAAGAUUAUAUUAAUAUGUUAACAAAUGACAUUGAAGAAGAAAAUUGUGGCCAAUUUGUAUCAGGUUUUUGGUUGAGUCGUUAUUAUCAUUAUGAUAGAUUUUAUGAACCUUAUCAAUUUUCACUUUUAUUUAAUUCACAAACAAGAGAAGUAAAUGGAAAUGGUGUUGAUGAUAUUGGAAAAUUUGUUGUUAAUGGUAUUUAUUCGAUAAAUACUAAUCGGUUAGCGAUAAUAAAGACAUAUCGAGAAGAAACUGAGAAUUCUACAGAAAAUUUUGGACAUAAUAUUACAAUUCAAGUUGCUUGGAAUUCAAAUCAAUAUCAUUUCGAAGGUAAAUGGUUUAUAAAAACAAGAAAUUACAGUGGAGAUGGAAGAAUCGAACUUAAAUUUGAGAAAAGCUUUCGAGCAAUGGCAUGA